CAUUACGAGACUCUGCGCCUAUGUGUGUGACAGUCCCGACGUUUACAUUAAGAAGUUCACUCGACUUUCUCAGUUGCUCGGAGCGAAGACGUCAACGAGGAUCUUCUCUCAGUUUCUCUCGUAAUAGUCGCAUUCUCUUUCCUUCAUUCUUGUGGCUCUACUUUGUGCGGAAGAACAUUUUUCGAACGACCCGUGAAAAAAAAUGGCAGAGGAAAGCAGCAGCGCGAGACCUACCAACGAGUUCACGAGGAUCAAGGAUGACGUUGUGCGGAUGGUGUCGAAGAACCCGAAGAAGACGACCUUCUACGUCUGCAAAGUUAUCGAAGUGAUACUUUGCUGCAUCGCCAUAGGUCUAUCGGACUACCCGUUCAACGAAUUCAAAAUCCGACGGAAUUUCCUCAACACCUUCACCGACAUCGAGGGCGCGGUUGUCUUCACGUCGCUCUACGGCUACACGAUGGUCAACGUCAUCCUAGUGCUCUCCCAAGUUCUCGGCGACGAGUUGCCGAAAAAAAUGCUGAUGAUCUUCUCGGGUGUGGCAGCUAUCCUGUGUUGCAUCGCCGGGGUCGUGCUCGUCGUCGAACUCAACAAUCACCAGGACGACAUCAUACCGGACGAAUAUCUCCAGCAGCUGUUGCCUAGCGGUAUCUUCGCUAUAUUAGCUUCCUUGACCUUCGCCCUGGAUACGCUGCUGACGUACAAGUACGCAUAAGCGUGUCGCAAGUUUAUAUACAUAUACUCUUUUUUACGCAUAAACGUCGAGAAUAUUCUUCCGGGUAUUAUCGAUGCCGGGAUCGAUAUGACGAUCCAUAUUUUUAAUAUUUGUACACGCCGCUAUUGAUAUGCAGAUUUACGAGCGUUUUCUAUUAUUGUAAAAGUGUGGGCUAUGACACUUAUUUGAUGUUAGCGCCAGUACAGAGAGCAGAGAGAUAACGCACCACUUAUCGCCGUAGUUUGCUCUGUGCGACUUUUUUGUUUAACACACGCGUAUAUAAAGCAGCUUUGAUACACAUGACGAGAAUAACGCGUACAUUAUCGCGAAAGAAAUAUUGUUUUAUUAUAAUUUUUUUUGCCACAUGUUAUCUACUACACGAUGAAGAAGUGUCGUACGAUUCGAUCGAACAAUGAAAUGUAAUGUUACAAUAUAGUCGUUUUAUAAUCGCUGACCACGAAAGUACAAAGAUUGAAGUUUAUACGUAUACAACUCUGCAUUGUAAUAAUAACGGAAGAUAAUAGUAGCUGUAUUCUUUGGUAUAUUUCUACGCAAAAGUAUUUUGUUAUAAAGAGAAUGUAAUACAAAAGUUAACGAGU